AUGGAGAAAUUGUUAGCAACACACUACACAUCUCUUAGCCCUUUUCAGAAUCUGCAGCUCCUCUGUGAAGUACAGAAUGCCAGAGUGAGAUGGGUCAAGAGAGGCUACACAGGCCUGAUCCUAUCCAAAGCCUUGGUGAUGCUUUGGUUCCAGGAUCCUAUCCAAAGCUUCAGCAAGACUGUGCAUCAAGGGAUAUCCCCCAGUUCCCCCUUGAAUCUGGCCAGGAAAUAUGGAAAUGUAUACACAUUUUGGUUGGGGAAUCAAGCUAUAAUAGUGCUGUCUGGAUUCAAAGCCAUAAAAGAAGGUUUGAUUAAAUAUGGAGGAGAAUUUGGAGGUCGGGCUGAACCUGCUUUCUUUUCAGUCCAAGGAAAAGGAAGAGGUAUUGCGUUUGCAAAUGGUAAUAUCUGGAAGAAGCAGCGACAGAUUGGUAAUGCUUCUUUGCGGCUGCUGGCACUAGGCAAUAAUAUUAUUGAAGAUCAGAUUAAAGUAAAUGUCCAGCAACUUACAGAAAUGUUUGCAUGUACAGAAGGGCAGCCAUUUGAUCCUUCAAUUCCACUGAUCAAUUCAGUUGUUAAUGUGAUAUGUGCUUUUAGCAUUGGGCACCAGUUUGCACUUCAUGAUCAAAGCUUCCGGAAGUUGGUUGGAGACAUAAAAAACCUUGCAGGAGCAGCAGGUGGAACUCUUCAUGCGCUUUAUGAAUCAUUCCCGUGGUUGAUGGAACAUCUUCCAGGACCCCACCAGAAAGGUCUGGACUCUGCCAAGUCGAUGCUUUCAUUUGCAGUGCAGGAAAUAGAAAGGCACAAGCAAUAUUCUCUGCCUGAGCCACAGGAUUUCAUCGAUUUCUAUCUACUACAAAUGGAAAAGAGCAAGGAUGACCCCAAUUCUGUCUAUAGUGAAGAGAACCUGGCUUGCUGUCUGCUUGAAUUGUUUAUGGCUGGAGUAGAAACAACCCAUUACAACCUGAUGUGGGCAGUGCUUCUCAUGGCAAACAAUCCUGACAUCCAAGAAAAAGUCCACAAGGAGAUUGAAGAUGUCUUUGGUGCCUCAGGAUCAAUCUCCUAUGGUGAUCGGCACAAGCUGCCCUACACCAAUGCUGUGCUACAUGAGAUCCUACGAGCAAAAUAUAAUAUAUUACUACCAAUACCCAGACUAUGCCUAAGAGAUAUGAAGAUGCGGGGUUUCCACAUUCCAAAGGGGAGCAUUAUUGUGACUGAUAUACGCUCUGCCCUUCUGGAUCCUGAGGAAUGGGAGACACCUGAAGAAUUCAACCCAAAUCACUUUUUAGACAAAGAUGGGAAACUUCAUGUUCCAGAAGCGUUUCUGCCAUUUGGUGCAGGGCAGCGUAACUGUUUAGGAGAAAAGUUGUCAAAAAUGGAGGUGUUCAACAUAGUAACCAGCCUGGUGAGGACCUUCCAUUUGCAGCCGCCCAAAGGAAUUAAAAAGCUUAAUGACAAACCUAUAGUAGCCAUGGGACUAUUUCCACAUCCUUAUAAAAUCUGUGCUAUUCCGUAUCAGAUGUCAUAA